ACAUGAUGAAUGAAAUCUUUGGUCUUUAUGAUGGAAUUUUGAGAUCAGUAUUAUAUGAUGAAUGAAAUCAUGCAAUUGAGGACACAGGAUGAUUCAAUGGAAGAAGAGAUCCUUUUCUUCAAAUUCCAGCGACAAAAACAGCAAGUACAAUCAUUUUCAGGUUUUGGUCUUCUUGAUGAGCAUUGGUUUGAUAUUGACUCUCCACCAAUUCAAACAAAUGUGCAGGAAAUCACAAAGCUUGGUGGCAUCCCUAAUGGAAUUGGUGGUGUUGAAACAAAGAAGGAAAAAAAGCAUCCAUUUUCCUUGGCCUCACUUGAGCUGCUAAAUAGAUAUCGUACACGAUUGAACAGGGAAGGAAGAAUUGAGCGAGGCCAUGACACAACGACAUGCAAAAGGAAGCCUAACAGAGAUCUUUCAACUGAAGAAAUCAUGAGUGUUGCUGGGGAGAUGUUUAUCCAGUCGUCUGACCUGAAUCUUGAUGGUUUCUCCACACUUAGCCAUCCAUUUGAUCUUUCUCUCUUUGGCCUUUCUGAUGAGGAGGCCAAGGACAUAGAACUUGCCAAUUUACUUCUUGUUUCUGCAGAAAAAGUAGGACAUCAACAAUAUGACCAAGCAAACAUACUACUCAAGUUGUGUGACAAGAUGUCUUCCAAAACUGGAAAUCCAGCCUUUGAUUUUGAUGAGGCACUAAUGUGCCCAAGUCCAUCGAUGGUGGCACUUUAUGAAAAAACACCGUUAAAUCAGGUUAUGCAAUUCCCUGGGAUCCAAGCCUUCCUAGAAAUUGUGGCUGAGGAAAAGAAGAUUCACGUAAUUGAUCUUCAAAUUAUACUUGGGGUGCAAUGGACGGUUUUUAUGGAAGCUCUUGCAUCUCAAGAUAAAUGCCUUCUUGAACUUCUAAAGAUAACUGCCAUAGGAGCUAUUUCAAAACAUGGACUUGAGGAUACAGACAUGCUAGAUCUCAAAGAAGAUCUCUUUGAACUGGAUGCUGAGGAAGUAGUUGUUAUUCAUGCUCGAUAUGUUCUUCGAAGCAUGCUGGCAAUACCAAACUGGCUUGAAAAUAUGAUGAGAGUUAUUAGAAACGUCAAUCCAUGUGUAAUGGUAGUAACUGAAACUGAGGCAAAUUACAACUCACCAACAUUUGUGAAAUGUUUCAUUGAAUUCCUCUUUUUUGAAAAUGCAUGCUUUGAUUGCCUUGAAGAUUGCAUGAGGUGGGAUGAUAAGCAUAGGAUUAUUAUAGAAUUGACGUUCUGUAGAGAGUCAAUCCAAAACAUUAUUGUGGAAGAGGGUGAAAGCAGGAAGAUUCGUAGUGUAAAGAUUGAUGUUUGGAGGGCAUUCUUUGCUCGAUAUGGAUUGGUGGAGGCAGAAUUAAGCAGCUCAUCCUUAUACCAAGCAGAACUAGUGCUUAAGAAAUUUCCUUCCUGGAGUUUUUGCAUGCUUGGUAUGAAUGGGAAAAGCCUAAUUAUUGGGCGGAAGGGUACACCUAUUUUUCCUCUCUGUCUGGAAGUUUCUUUGAAUUGUGGAUUUGAUAGACAUAACAGCACUCAAGUGAAUGGUAAGGAAAAACACGGUGCUCCAAGGAUGUCUAUGGUUGAGACAGAAUCAGUGUUGGAGAUAGAAGGAAGAAGAAGGGCUCUUGCAGCAUCUCAGCCUUCGAAGGCCAGCCAAAUUGUCCUCAGUGCCAAGUUGAUGCCUUCUGAUUCCUGUUCUCGAUCCUUGUUUUGCUGGUUUGGUCUAGGUUACAUUAGCAACAAAUUCGAAAUUGCAGAUAGUGCUAAAGCAGAUAGUCACCUUCACAUGAGCCAUCCAUUUGAUCUUUCCGAUAAAGAGGCCAAUGAUGUGGAGCUUGCCAGACUUCACCUUGAUUCUGCAGAAAAAGUAGGGCAUCAACUAUAUGACCGUGCAAGCAUACCACUCAACCAGUGUGAUAAAAUGUCUUCCAAAACUGGAAAUCCAGUCCAAAGAGUGGUGUUUGAUGGUGAUGAGGCACUAAUGUGCCCAAAUGCCUCGUUAGUGGUACUUGAUGAAAAAGCACCCUUCUCCCAGGUUAUGCAAUUCUCUGGGAUCCAAGCCAUUGUGGAAAAUGUCACUGGGGCAAAAAAGGUUCACAUAAUUGAUCUUAAUAUCAUUAGUGGGGUGAAAUGGACAGCUUUUAUGGAAGCUCUUGCAGCUGAAGAUGAAUGCCCUCUUGAACAUCUAAAGAAAACUGCCUUAAGAACUACUUCAAAACAUUCAACGGUUCUUCAAAGCAUGCCUGCGACACCAAACCGGUUUGAAAAUAUGAUGAGAGUUAUUAGAAACAUCAAUCCAUGUGUAAGGGUUGUAAUUGAAACUGAGGCAAACUACAACUCACCAACAUGUGUGAACCUUUUCAUGGAAUUUCUCUUCUUCCAUGGUGCAUAUUUUGAUUGCCUUGAAGAUUGCAUGAGGUGGGAUGAUGAGCAUAGGACUAUUUUGGAAUCAAUGUUCAUUAGAGAGGGAAUCCGGAACAUUAUUGCAGAAGAGCAUCAGAAGAGGAAGGUUCAUAGUGUGAAGAAUGAUACUUGGAGGGCAUUCUUUGCUCAUUACGGAUUGGUAGAGGCAGAUCUAAGCCAUUCAUCCUUGUACCAAGCAGAACUAUUGCUUAAGAAGGUUUCGUCCUGGGAUUCUUGUACGCUUGAUUUGAAUGGAAAAAGCCUAAUUGUUGGGUGGAAGGGAGAAGAUUACUCGUGCAACUGGGGAACUACAUCAAGGUCAACAGGAAGUAAAGAAGGAGAGCUGUUACAUCUGGAUGAGACAAUAGUGUUGGUGGAUAAUGCUUCAGUUGCAGCUGCCAUGGUGACAAACUUAAAAGAUAUCAGUGUAGAUACCUUUGAGUUACAUGAUGAUGAAGCUAUUGUCAUCUACCCACGGCCUGUGCCAAGACGAACUUUAGCACAGCCUGAUUGCUUGGAAUACGUAAUGGGAGUAUUUAAGAGCUUAAAUCCAAGUGCUAUGGUCUUAACAGAGCUUGAGAACAUUGUUGCAGCUAAGGAUGAGGAUAGGAUUUAUUGGCACAUGAAGAUUGAUGCUUGCAGAACUCAUUUGGAAAGUUUUGGACCGGUGGAAACAGAGCUAAGCUCAUCAUCUUUGUUCCAAGCAGAGUUGCGAGCCAAAAAGUUUCCUCAUGGAAAUUCUUGUACGUUCAAUAUGAAUGGGAAAUCCCUAAUCGUUAACUGGAAGGGAACACCAAUUGUUUCUGUUUCUGCUUGGAAAUUCAAUGAAGAAAAGGAUCCAACGCAGAUUUGCAGAAUGAAAUGCAAAUCUCUCAGGAAGUAGACUCUCUUUCCUUUUUCAUGUUUCAAUUUGUACUGUAACAACCAUCAUUCUUAUCAUACUUUCUUCUUGCUCCUUGAGAAAAUUGCUGUGUUGGUUCAGCUAACUGAUGUCUCUUUUAUAUCAGAAUACAGCUUGGCACAGAAUGUUGCUCUUUUCUUUUUUUUUCUUUUUUUUUUUUAAAUUGGCCAACAUAAAAGUAUUAUUGAUUG